AUGUUCGGAAAAGGAAGCAAGAAAUCAGCUAGUGGUAGCAGGUCUACUCAGGCUACUAGCGGAUCCCCAAGCGACUACGAUUCCUCUUCCUCUUCGCAGAAAGAAGCCAAGCGAGUCGCAAUUAGCCUGGAUACAUUCUACGACACUUCUCAAUAUGUGAGUUCGGAAGUCACCACGCUUAGAGUUGUUGUCCAUACAGGUGGAAAUGCACAGUAUACUGAGGACGGGAGGAGUGCAAACCACUGGUCUAUCUUCCUGCUUCUAGCGGGCAACGAAGCGGCAUCUGUACGCCUAAAUAUGAGCAAUGUGGAUGGAUCAGACGAACUUGGAAGCUUCGGCGUUACCGGUCACGAUUAUCUCCUCUCGCGUUCUGAACUUGCAUAUUUCGACUAUCCUGUAGUACCCGGCAAAAGGGUGUACGAAUUCUGCAACCUGGUAGUCAACAAGCGUCGCAACAGGUACAGAAUGACAGGCAAUGGAAAUGGAUGUCGACAUUGGGUCUGGUAUCUCUUUAACGACUUUUUGGCAUAUGACUACAUUGAUAUUGCAACUCCUGAUCGUCGGAACAGUUAA